AUGGUACACCUUUUGAAACAACCCCUAGGCCCUACCCUCUAUGGCCCCGUCCAGAAACAACCCCUAGGCCCUACCCUCUAUGGCCCCGUCCAGAAACAACCCCUAGGCCCUACCCUCUAUGGCCCCGUCCAGAAACAACCCCUAGGCCCUACCCUCUAUGGCCCCGUCCAGAAACAACCCCUAGGCCGUACCCUCUAUGGCCCCGUCCAGAAACAACCCCUAGGCCCUACCCUCUAUGGCCCUGUCCAGAAACAACCCCUAGGCCCUACCCGCAAUGGCCCCGUCCAGAAACAACCCCUAGGCCCUACCCUCUAUGGCCCCGUCCAGAAACACCCCCUAGGCCCUACCCUCUAUGGCCCCUUCCAGAAACAACCCCUAGGCCCUACCCUCUAUGGCCCCGUCCAGAAACAACCCCUAGGCCCUACCCUCUAUGGCCCCGUCCAGAAACAACCCCUAGGCCCUACCCUCUAUGGCCCCGUCCAGAAACAACCCCUAGGCCCUACCCUCUAUGGCCCCGUCCAGAAACAACCCCUAGGCCCUACCCUCUAUGGCCCCGUCCAGAAACAACCCCUAGGCCCUACCCUCUAUGGCCCCGUCCAGAAACAACCCCUAGGCCCUACCCGCUAUGGCCCCGUCCAGAAACAACCCCUAGGCCCUACCCUCUAUGGCCCCGUCCAGAAACACCCCCUAGGCCCUACCCUCUAUGGCCCCAUCCAGAAACAACCCCUAGGCCCUACCCUCUAUGGCCCCAUCCAGAAACAACCCCUAGGCCCUACCCUCUAUGGCCUCAUCCAGAAACAACCCCUAGGCCCUACCCUCUAUGGCCCCGUCCAGAAACAACCCCUAGGCCCUACCCUCUAUGGCCCCUUCCAGAAACAACCAUUAGGCCCUACCAUCUAUGGCCCCAUCCAGAAACAACCCCUAGGCCCUACCCUCUGUGGCCCCGUCCAGAAACAACCCCUAGGCCCUACCCUCUAUGGCCCCGUCCAGAAACAACCCCUAGGCCCUACCCUCUAUGGCCCCAUCCAGAAACAACCUCUAGGCCCUACCCUCUAUGGCCCCAUCCAGAAACAACCCCUAGGCCCUACCCUCUAUGGCCCCAUCCAGAAACAACCCCUAGGCCCUACCCUCUAUGGCCCCGUCCAGAAACAACCCCUAGGCCCUACCCUCUAUGGCCCCAUCCAGAAACAACCCCUAGGCCCUACCCUCUAUGGCCCCAUCCAAAAACAUCCCCUAGGCCCUACCCUUUAUGGCCCCGUCCAGAAACAACCCCUAGGCCCUACCCUCUAUGGCCCCAUCCAGAAACAACCCCUAGGCCCUACCCUCUAUGGCCCCAUCCAGAAACAACCCCUAGGCCCUACCCUUUAUGGCCCCGUCCAGAAACAACCCCUAGGCUCUACCCUCUAUGGCCCCAUCCAGAAACAACCCCUAGGCCCUACCCUCUAUGGCCCCAUCCAGAAACAACCCCUAGGCCCUACCCUUUAUGGCCCCGUCCAGAAACAACCCCUAGGCCCUACCCUCUAUGGCCCCGUCCAGAAACAACCCCUAGGCCCUACCCUCUAUGGCCCCAUCCAGAAACAACCCCUAGGCCCUACCCUCUAUGGCCCAUCCAGAAACAACCCCUAG